CCACGCGGUCGUAUGGUUACUACUAAUUUCCGUACGAUGAUUUGUCUGUGGAUGGUCGCGCUACUAGUGCUAUCGUUCGGGACAAGUAAGCCGGCCGGCGCUAACGCAACCGCCGUUGAAGUCUCCGCCGACUUGGUGCCCGUCGACGUCGCCAAUAUCACAGAUAUUUCAACGAUAGGGUGCAAGUACAAGGGACGGAGUUAUGAACAAGGGUCGACGGUGAUCACGGACCAACCAUGUUUGAAAUGCACGUGCAAUACUGGCAGUUUAGUGUGUCAUUUACAAGUGUGCCCAGAAUUGCCGGAUCCGCCUCCUCAGGGUUGUCUGGUCGUGCAUAAGAGGAACAAGUGUUGCGCACACCUCCAGUGUUUUUACGACCUGUUUGGAGGUGUUCACACGAAACUGUUUUCAAUCGAAUCUCGUAAAGGACCUGGAAGGAUGGAAAACUCUGCAGUCGGGGUGUCUGACGGUGGUUUACCCAGAGGUUGCGCGAUUAACGGUACAGUAUACGCCGAAGGUUCGGCCAUGGACAGCUCAAGUCUAUGCGAAUACUGUUACUGCAUCAAGGGACAGCAACAAUGCGUUCGACCCAAGUGCUUCAUGGUCAUUCCAGGCUGUACGGCCAUCUACAGCAAACACACGUGUUGUCCAGUUAGAUAUAAAUGUCCGCCUUCGAUUAAUAACAACACUCAGAUGAACAACACAAGUCUAACGACAACGACCGAUUCGCCGUCGUCGCUCUCUUCUAGAAUGAAAGAUUGUCGCAUCAACGGUCGGCUGAUAUCGCUGGGCGAACCCGUGAUCGGCGUGGCCAGGUCGUCGUGCGAAACUUGUUUCUGCAUCAACGGGCAAGUACGGUGUGACAAGGUGAUAUGUCCGGCAAUCCGCACCCAAAUUUCGCCCAAUUGCGGACCGGUCUACACGGAAGGACACUGUUGCCCGACCAGCUACAACUGCGCCGGCAACAACAAAAACGAAUCGAACAUCAACAUCACAACGGUACUGACGUCGCCCGACACGACCGCGGUCCUCUUGAACGACACCUCGUCGACCACACCGACGACGCCUACGGCGACUUAUUCGCCACCGACGUCUUCUCCUUCCACGGAAAUACCCGGCGUUGAGAUUCAAACCGAGGCCGUUCUCGUCACUGAACCGGCGGCGGAUAAUGUAAGAGAUCCGUUGGUUAACUUAUCACCAAUCGAUCCGGCAGAGUCCAGACACGGUGUAAGCUCGAUGACCGGAGACGACGGUUUGAACAUUACCGAAAAGUCCAACGCGUUUGAAUUCGAUUACGACGAACCGACGUUGCCGCCGUCUUUACCUAAUCUCAAGAUUAUACCUUUCGUCGCAGCAGAUGCUGUAGUGGAUGAGCCCCGGGAACCAACUGUACCCACAAUACUGGACACUUAUUUACCGGUGGAACGCAUUUACAACGUUUCGGAUGUCGACGAACCACCCGUUUUGGUGGCCAACAACUUUUCGCCGCCGAUCGAAACAGAAGGCGGAUUUGUCCCCAAAGAACCUCUGGACGAUACCGGGUAUGUACUCACCACCAAACUGCACACCACAACGGAACGAGUAACCGUUAAACCGACGGUAGUUCAAACUGAAGAACCAAUCAUGGCGGUUCCACUGGGAUCAGGUUGGUGUGUGUCAAACGGUAAAAAGUACAAACACGGCGAGCUUCUCACCGACCCGAGCGCAUGCAAUAUAUGCGUUUGCUUCGAAAGCAAAAUCGUUUGCCAGGAAAAUUGCCCCGCCGUUAAGGUCGGUUGUCAGCGUGUCAGCGACCCGGAAAACAGCACGUGUUGUGGCCGUAUCGUUUGCAACGAACCCGAAAACAAUUUUGUCACAGAACGCCGCCAAGAACCCGCGGUACAACUGACGGAAGCCACGCCCGUACACAGUUCGUCCACAAUGAUCAGAAACCCCAUAAUCGAACACAUCGUCCAUAAUUCUGGACCGACGGUCAAAUCGCCUGUUAGAAAUACUCUGUCGACAACGGUCAAGUCGGCGGCGGUGACUUCCCCGAAGACCACAUCAGCUAGUCCCGUCGUCGCGUCUACGUUGAAAACUAUCACGACCCCGUCACAUUCCACCACCGUCCAACCGACAGUGCCUUCGGUGCCGACGACGGAAAAGCCUUUGGAGGACGAAGAUUACAGUUUCGAAAGCAUGUUUUCGUUUCUGUUCAGCGGCGAAGCACCGGAACCGCCUUCGACGAGCACGGCUAGACCAAUAGCGCCGCCGUUGACCACCACCACCACCGCCGCCGCUACCGCCACUGCGAAAGCCGACGUUUUUCUGCAGCAACGGACGGACGAAGACGUCGGAGAAACGGUGCAAUUUGUCGACGUCAAACCAGCAGCAGACGGUCUAAAAAACAAAUCCUACGCGGACGUGCCCAAACAUCACGCACCCACCGCCGUGGAACCGCCUCGUCGAAACUCGGACAAACCCGCUAACGACAGCACGGUCCAUAAAGAUGUCGGGGAAACGUACAAAGUGGAUACGCGACUGGAACCCGUGCACGGCCCUCCGGCAAAGCCGAGUUCGGCCCGAGUCAGGCCUCACGCCGACCUAAAGGAAAACGCGUCAUUCGCCGAGGUCGGAAAACGACCGGAAACUAAACCACACGCCGCCGAUCCGAAGCGUCAGUCUGACGUCCAACCGCCAUCGGAAAUCGAACAACAUGCCGAAUUUGAGCAUCGGCCGGAAAUCAAGGUACAGACAGACGCGGUGCGUCGGCCAGAAGCUCAACUACAUCACGUGCACACCGAUUUCAAGCACCAACCUGAUACCAAGCCGUACUUUGAUUCAACGUAUCCGAUCAAACCGUCGUCUGAACCCAAACACGCCGGUGUUACACCACACGCCGAGCUGAAAACACACCCUUCCGAUUUCAGACCGCUUAGACCUCUGGCCGAAAUAAAACCACACUCGGAUGCCAAACCGCAUUUGGACUCGAAGAAAACACCUGACGUCGUCAACCCUCUGUCCGAUUUCAAAUCGACGCCGCACGCCCAAAUUAAAUCCAACCCUUCCACUACGGCAAAACCGGUAAAGGCCAAACCUAACACCGAACUGAACACGCUGGCGUCUAUGCUGCGGAUAUCCGGUUGCAAUAUUUACGGUCGAAUGUACAGAGUGGGCAAAAUAAUCACCGAACUUUCGACGCCCUGUUUGCAGUGUAUGUGCACGGAUACGGGCGUGCAGUGUAACCAACUGAAAUGCUAACAUAACGUUUCGCCGCAUGUGAACUUGUUUUGAUUGUUGACUAUAUUAUAUAAUGCUAAUUGUUUGCCGAGUGUACCAAUGUUGUCACCCCAAGUCUGCCGGGAACUCCUCUAACGACAAGCUAUAGAUUACAGAUUUAUCGAAUUUGCGAUCGAGAUAUAUAUGUAGCGUUAUUGAGAUUUAGGUCUUCUAAUUUUUUAUUUCAAUACAUUUAUACAUAUUUGUAUAUUUGUUGAAAUUUGCUUAAAAUAUUAACGGUUUUGGUAAAUAGCGUAAGAUCGAUAGCCAGCAUAUAUUAUACUGUGAUCUCUUGUCCUAUAACGAUAUCUUAUUUUUUAUUAAUACACUAUGAUUAAGUUUUAUGUUUUAUUAUUUGAUACUUGAUAUAUAUAUACGAGUAUUAUGCGCCGACGAAGGUGCAUUAUAGAAUGGCUAGAAAGAAUAACCUCUCUUUUAGGAUUGUGUUACUGUUGUGUUAUUAUUUUCGGCUGUCGCUGUUUGAUAUAGGAUAUCCUAAAUUAUGAAACCCGUCGGUAUUGACAAAGUUUAGAUGAUGUUGACCGCCUUAAAAGAGAGCCGGCUGUUAAUAAUCGGAUUAAAAUCAAAAUUAUAUUUUAUUAUUUUUAGUUUUUAUUUUUAAAAGUUUUGAAUCUGUUUUGCUAAAAAGUCGAGUAUUGCUUAAUUCAAAUAGGUUUAGCAUAUUGUAUAGGAUAAUAAUUUUUGAAUAAUUUAUACUUAAAAUUGUAACAUUAUUUUUUUUGUAACAUAAUAUAUUAUAGCUGUUAGCUUAAGAAAUUGAUAUUGUAUGGGACCAUUGUGGUUUAUUUUAUCUCUAGUUUUAUAUUGACAUUACAACAAUACUCAACUGUAUAGAUUGUAUAAACGAAAAGUUUUUAGUUGUUGGUUUGUAAUUUCCCUCGAUUUCGUAAGUCUAUACUCUAUAGUCUAUACACUUCCUGAUUUUACUCCUAAUCUAUCUAAUUCGUCUAGUUUCAUCGAAACAAUAUUCCUUUUCUUGUGAACAUUGAAUUGCAUGCCCUCCGCAUUAUAUGUAUUAUGUUAAUUUAAUCCAUAUAAACCAUAUAAUAUGUUUUAUAGACAAUAGUAAAAUGUAUUACUCAAUACAAUCUAAAUGGGGUUUCUGAUGUAAUAUAAUUAAAGGUACAAUAUUUCAUAUUAACGUACAUAAUCAGGCUUCUAAUAACUCAAUAGCAAUUCAUAGAAAUGGAAAUACUUACAUCCGCAAAAAAAUAACCUUGAUAGUUAAGUGUGCAAACUCACUAUGGUUUUAAUACAUCAUGUAUCUUAAUUUUAUGCAACACACUUUAUUGUUUGUAUUUAAGAUUUCUACUUAGGAUUGGAUGCUGU